GUAAGUUCACUGUUUGUUCCUAUACUCAUACUCAAACACUUCCCGUAGACUGCAAGGUUGACUAGUUCCCAAAACGACAAGCUGUUCCAUAAAUCGUCUUCCUGAGACGACGUGUUGAAGUUAUUUUGGGUACACAAGAAGAAAACUUAGACGAGGGAAAUGGCGUUCCUGGGACGGGUGAACAGUGAGGGAACCCUAAUCGACUGCGAGGUUUUCAGCGGCAGACUGUCCAAGAUCCAGCCCCAGCAGAGUUAUGCAGAGGAUGGGGCAGAUGCCCUGCUCCCGCGGCCCGAGGGAUCCAGGACCUUAAUUAGGACCUACGACGAGGACAGCCUGCUGCGCUCCAUGGGGAGCCCAAGCACGGUGCGGUACGUGGGCAGCUCCGUGUCGUCCAGUGAAACGCCCUCGUUGGACGAGACGGAGACCUCCACCCUGCGCUGCAGCUCGCGAGGAUCCGCCGGCACUCUGGUCUGCCACCACAAGCACCACGAGUGCCCCGAUCAGGAGAGUGUGUCGGAGACGCUCUGCCUGGACCUGGACAACCCCAGCAGCAGUCCGAGCAGCAGCAGCACGCCGAGCAGCAGCAGCAGCCGCGGCAGCAGCAGGUCGUCCUCCUCCAAGGACUCGACGACCUCGAUGUGCAGCUGGGAGGAGGCCAUGUCCCGGGGCGAGAGCUUGCUGGCCCCGCCCGAGGAUCCGCUCAGCCUGAGCCUGCCCUCGCUGCGCCUUGGAUCGCACGGUGGGUCGCCGCCGCUCACCUACACCCGCCGCCUCGACCCGCACCGGGUGGAGCGGUCCGCCAACGAGGCCUUUGAGAACUGGCUGUCCGGCAAGCGGCGCAACUGCCAGCUCAAGGCGCGGGCGGAGCAGGUCGCGCGUGAGGAGCAGCGGGAGCGGACGGCGCUGCGGCAACGGCUGGCCAAGGAGAAGUACGAGCAAUGGUGCCAGCAGAAGGCGCGGCAGGCGAUCGAUGGCCACUCAAGGGUCUCGCAGUCCACGCGGGUGUCUCCCGGAAAAGAAGAAGCCUCCGUGAAGCACCAAAUCCAGGAGUGGGAGCUGCAGAAGAUCAGGCUGGCCGAGCAGCGCCGCCUGGAGCUGCGGAACGCCGAGCGGCGGAAGCAGCAGGAGCAGCGUAUCCGUCAGGAGGAGGCGGAGCAGGCCUUCCAGCGGUGGAUGAACAACGUGGCCCAGAGACCCAAGCCGGUGCCCUCCAGCCAGGGAAUCCAGUCGCUGCGCGGCACCGUCUCUAAAAUCUUCAUCAACCCCAACCGGUGGGUGGAUUGAGACAGAUGAUCCGACGAGGAGCCGAAAAAAGAAUUGCCCACACAGGUGGCUUGGAAGCCUGUAAGCCAAAGUUUUAUUCAAGUGCAUAUUUACCCAUUUCACACAUUAAAUACCCCAAAAACUA